AUGGGUCUGCUGUGCCCCCAUCUUUGUGAGGACCGAUUGUCGGACCUUGGCUCCACCACCGUGGCUGCACGCGUGUCCGUCUCCAUUUACAGCAACUACAGGAAAUGGUUAGAAAAGCUAUCCCCAAAUGAGAUAGGCGGCAAUUACAUCGACCCAGAGACAGCUGUCCUUUGCGUCAUCUGGACUCCCAGACGGGUCCUCAAGCCCUCUCCUUUUCCUGGGCAGAGCGGGACGGUGGUUUUGGAAUUGGAUUCUCAGAUGCUACGGGCCGCCGUAAUUGAACACAAGGGAAAGCACACUCGCUGUACCGCUGAGUGCGUAGCGAAAGAGGUCGACUGCGAACAUGGGGAGCCCGCCUUGCAUAAGUUUAGAGAUGGUAUUCGACCCGACCAACUCCAGCGGCUCGAAAAGGCGCUGGUGUCACAACAAUUGUUUACCGGAGACGUGAAUGUCGAGAAGCCUGAAUACGCGACAAGAAAUGAGUUUUUGUUCCAGGUUCUAGGUUCCAUGUUUGUCCGAACACAAAAGAUUUCUGCUCUGACCUUGGCAAGUACGCCUAAGAAUGACCUGAAACAUCCCGUCUUUGGUAAAUGA